CCUGAAGGAGCAGCUAGCCAGGAGGGGAAAGGCGCAAUAAUAAAAGGGAAUGCAGCUUGACAAAACAGCACUGUGAGGGCGUCACGUAGCAGCCUACGGUAGCCUAAAAUCGUUAAGCAAAACCUCCGGAAUUUUAUACAGAAGACAAUAAUACUCGUUAAUCUAUAGCGAUGGCUUGAUUUGAUCGGUGGGUUUUCGGUAAAGGCACGGCCAGGGCUCGUGCCUUCGAGAUGCACGGUGGCUCCUGCUGCCGCCAAUCGCUGCAACACGCCACGGAAACCGCAACCGGCCCGGUUCUAUCAUGGCUUUCAAACGGAGAGCGAGGAGGAUGCGGCUAGGGCUGGGGCGCUAUCGGGUGGGGCCCAUGUGGCUCUGGAAGGCCCUGCUGGUGUUCGUGGCCAUCGCCUUCGCAGGACAGUUACUGGGGGUCAUCUUCAACAAAAGCCUCCAGCAGGACAGGUCGCGGUCGCUGUUCUCAUCCGACGGCCAGGGCCCGCCUCUGGGCUCCUGUCGGCCCCACAGCCACGUCAUGUUCCUGAAGACCCACAAGACAGCCAGCAGCACUGUUCUCAACAUGCUUUACCGAUACGGAGAGGAGAGGGAUCUGUUCUUCGCCCUGCCUCUGGGGUACCAGUUUGGCUACCCCCUCCCCUUCAACGCACACAGGGUCAAAGGUUAUAGAGGGCCCCACGUGGCCGAGUUCAGCAUUAUGGGAAACCACAUGCGCUUCAACAAACCAGAGGUAGAGAAGGUGAUGCCAGUGGACACCUUUUACUUCUCUAUCAUGCGUGACCCCGUAGCGCUGGCCGAGUCGUCCUAUGCCUAUUACAAAGCUGUCGCCCCCGCCUUCAAGAAGGCCAAAGGCCUGGGAGACUUCGCCGACAACCCCAGGAAGUACUACGACCCCCGUCUCCGUAACAACCACUACGCCCGCAACCUGCUCUGGUUCGACUUCGGCCUGGACCACAACGCCAACUUCUCGACCGCACUGGCCCGAAGAGGCGAGGCGGCCGUCCGACGCGCCUUCAAACUCAUCCUGGUCUCUGAGCACUUUGACCAAUCCAUGGUCCUGCUGCGCCACGCCCUCUGCUGGCCGCUGGACGCCAUCGUCUCCUUCAGUCUCAACGCCCGCCAGCAGAAGCCCAGCGGAGGCAGCUCCUGGGUGGGUAAAGUGGCUGCUGCGCAGCCCCCCACCCUGGCUCUAACAGACGGCCAACGUCUAAAGCUCCGCGAGUGGAACGCCCUGGACUGGCACCUCUACCAGGCCUUCAACCGCUCCUUCUGGAACGAGGUGGAUCGCUUCGGGAGAAUUAGGAUGGACCAGGAGGUCGCUCUUCUCCGUACCCGCCGGGAUGUGCUGGCCCGGGCCUGCCUGAGGGACGGCGGGAGACCUGUGGAGGCCAGCCGCAUCCGCGACAAGACCAUCAGGCCCUUCCAGAGCGGCUUGGUGAAGAUCCUGGGAUAUGAGCUCCAGCCUGGGCUGGACAACGCUACUCAUCAGUCCUGUCUGAGGAUGAUCAGGCCAGAGAUCCAGUAUAAGGACCUGCUGGACGCCAGGCAGUUCCCCAGGGCUGCUCCCCAGGCUGCCCAAGCCCAGGCCCCGGCUAUCCCUGCUGGGGGAGCCUACUUGAGGAAAGACCCUUCUUCCCAACUCAGGACAGGAGAGCUGGGGGUGGGGGAAGGAGGAGGGGGGACGGGGGAGGACAGGAGUCGGUUAUCUCGUAGUAAUAAUAAUAAUAGUAACCAGACAUUGCUACGAGGAGGAGGAGGAGGGAAAGGGAAGAUAAAAUAGUUUUCCAUCCAGAAUUCACUGCCUUGAGAGAAUGGAUAAGACAGAACGCUGACUGAGCCUGUGUACUCUUACUCAUGCACUCAUGAGUAUUACUAAAGUACUCAAGAGACUUGUUGGAAAUGAAUACCCAUUCUCCUCCCAACCCACCUCUACUGUACAUUCUCUUCUGGAUGAACUUUGGACUGGUUAUGACUCUAUUUCGUGUUCAUGCGGACUUUAUGAUUGCUGUGGAUGUGUUUUAAUGGGACUUGAAACGGAAUUGCAUUGCAUUCAGUUGGCCAGAUGUCGUUCAAAAAUUCUGCUUCUCUGAUCGAGAAAGAAAGUUAGAUUUGGUGGUCCAACUGCUACGUUCAACAUACAGUGAGGGGGAAAAGUAUUUGAUCCCCUGCUGAUUUUGUACGUUUGCCCACUGACAAAAGAAAUUAUCUGUCUAUAAUUUUAAUGGUAGAUUUAUUUGAACAGUGAAAGA